AUGACUAAGACUAAUCAAGGUAAAGAUUUAAAACAUUUAUUAUCUACUGAGGCUGCUUCAAGAUCAAACUCACCUUUAAAAGAUGCUUUUAAAUAUUAUAAAGCACCAGGUAUGACUUUUUUAGGUGGUGGUUUACCAUUAUCUGAUUAUUUCCCAUUUAAUAAAAUUAGUGCUGAUAUUCCAACACCUUCUUUUUCAAAUGGAAUUGGCGAACCAAUUACUGAUAAAAAUAAAACUACUGUUGAAGUUUAUAAAAAUGAAAUUGAUAAUCAAAAAAAAUUGCAAGUUGAACUAGCUAGAUCUUUACAAUAUGGUUAUACUGAAGGUGCACCAGAAUUGAUGAAUUUUAUUAGAGAACAUACUGAUAUGAUUCAUAAAGUUCCUUAUGAUAAUUGGGAUAUUAUUAUUUCUGUUGGAAAUACAGAAUCUUGGGAUUCAAGUUUAAGAACUUUUUGUAAUAGAGGAGAUUCCAUAUUAGUUGAAGAAUAUUCAUUUUCAUCAGCUUUAGAAACUGCAAAUGGUCAAGGUAUUAAUUGUGUUCCAGUUGCAAUGGAUGAAUAUGGGUUAUUACCAAAUAAAUUGGAAAAUUUAUUAAAAAAUUGGAUUGGUCCAAAACCAAAAUUAUUAUAUACUAUAGCUACUGGUCAAAAUCCAACUGGUUCAUCAUUAAGUUCUCAAAGAAGAAAAGAAAUUUAUGAUAUUGCGUGUAAAUAUGAUUUUAUAAUUGUUGAAGAUGAACCUUAUUAUUUUUUACAAAUGGAACCAUAUACAAAAGAUAUUGAAUCAAGAGAUAAAAAACAAGUUCAUUCACAUUCUGAAUUUUUAGGUAAUUUAAUUCCAUCAUUUUUAUUAAUGGAUCAAGAAGGUAGAGUUGUUAGAUUAGAUUCAUUUUCAAAAGUCUUGGCUCCUGGUUUAAGAAUUAGUUGGAUUGUUGGACAAGCACCAAUUAUUGAAAGAUAUUUAAGAUUACAUGAAGUUUCAAUUCAAACAGCUUCAGGUAUAACUCAAUCAAUUACAAAUGCUUUAUUACAAAGUUGGGGUCAAAAAGGUUACUUAGAUUGGUUAAUUGGGUUACGUCAUGAAUAUACUCAUAAAAGAGAUGUUGCAAUCGAUGCAGUUGAAAAAUAUUUCCCAAAACAAGUUACAAGUUAUGUACCACCAGUUGCAGGUAUGUUUUUCACAGUUGUUUUAGAUGCUUCAAAACAUCCAAAAUUUGAUUCAGAAUAUGAUCAAGAUGUUUUAAAAGUUGAAAAUGAUAUUUAUGAACAAGGUAUAAAACAAGGAUGUUUAAUGAUUCCUGGUUCUUGGUUUAAAUCUCAAGGUCAAUCGGUACCACCACAAAAACAUGUACCAUCAAAUCCAAAUGAAAGAACUCAUAUUUUCUUUAGAGGUACUUAUGCAGCAGUACCAUUAGAUGAAUUAAUUCAUGGUAUAGAAAGUUUUGCAAAAGCAGUUAAAAUUGAAUAUGGAAUAGAAUAA